AUGGGCGAAGUUAUCGACUUGUUACAGUUUUGUGGGCUGAUAGAACUCGACGACGGCGGAACUUUGGUGGAAGAGGUCAUAAGUAUUUACCUGGAACACUCGGCUGAGUCAAUCAAUCAAAUGAAGGAGUUCUUGUACGUUUUGCUCCAAACUGCUCAACUUUUCACGCUUCUUGCAUGGCUUCAAGCCACGGAACAAAAUGAUUAUCUCAACUUAGGGCAAGAAGCGCUAAGACUGCGAAACUCGGCAUGCGCAAUGGGGGCCAUCCAAGUAGAUGCACUGUGUGAUCAAGUGCAUGUCCAGUGCAGGUUGGGGCCGACGAGUUGUAACGAUGGGCACGGCCAACUCGAGCAAAAGAUUAGGCGUCUCGAACAAGAGAACAGACGCGCUCAACUCUGGAUGAUGGAAUACCUAGAGCUCCGGCACUGA